CCCCGCCCCCUACGUCCUCUAUCGCACGAGCGCGCGUGCGUACGCUGCGUCCCGUCGUCCGCCAGAGUCAUGGCGGCCCCGGUCGCUCCUCUCGAUGAAGACUGGGAGGAUUUUAACGAAUUCAAAGCAGCCGAUUUGCACACCAGCUGGUCCGCGGCACCAGAGAGUUCGCCGCAGAUCCAAAGCUCCGCAUCUUUCGACGAGACGCUGAGCGCGAGCUUCCCUUCCUCUAGCAGCGCGCGCGCGAGCGUCUCAGUGAGUGCAGUGAGUGAGUCCGAGCUGCUGCGCGACGACGAGAUAUGGAACACUUUGACGGAGAACUACGGCAAUGUGAUGCCAGUGAACUGGAAAACCUCUCACGCUCGUUCACUACACCUGCCCACGCUGAACCUCGGCCCUCAGGAGAGGGAGGAGAUCAAUGAUCUUGAUCUGUCUGAUGACGAGGAGCUUAGAGAUCAGAUGGACAUGCACACCAUCAUCAUCUCGUGUGUGAACGAGGAGCCGCUGUUUACUGCGGAACAGGUCAUAGAAGAGAUUGAAGAGAUCAUGCAACAGUCUCCAGAUGACGAGGAAUACGAGAGUCCAUCUCAGUUUGACCUCUCCUUGAUGUCGGAUGAGUUACACGUGCUCACACAUUCCACAUCUAGCAGCAGCUACGAGGAGCGGUUGCGUGGUCUGUGCGUGUCUGAGCUGCUGGAGCGUCUGGAGGAGGUGGAGCGACAGAUCCGUGGUUUCUCUGAGGAGCUGAUCGAUCAGCUGGCGGUGAGGGAGGAGCUGGACUAUGAGAAGGAGGUGAAGAACACGUUCAUCUCGGCGCUCAUCGACGUGCAGAACAGACAGAAAGAACAUCGAGAGCUGCUGAAGAAAAAGAGGAAGAUAAAGGCCACAGGCGGCGAUCAGAUAUCCAACCGCUCGCAUGUGCCAGGAACCUAUUUGACGACGGUGAUCCCGUACGACAGGAGCAGCGGCGCGCUGUCUGUAGAAGACCUGCAGAUCCUGACCAAGAUGUUGUGUCCCACGUAGUGUUUCUGGAGCUGAACCCAGCUGAUCUCAUCGGUUCGUCGGACGUCUGAUCAUCUGCAUCUCUCCAGAUGAUGUUCUUCUCUAAUCAUGCACAGAAUUGACCUGCCAGUGGCAUUUAUUUCUCAGUCCUAUUGUAUGUUUUGUUAUGUGUAGAUGUUAUUGUGUGAUUGAGCAUGAGUGCAGUAUUUAGUUUAUUUCCUAAUGCAGUUCACAUUUCACUUACUAUCAGAUUCCACUAGUUUACUCUAAUAUCACAGUGCAGCUGUUGUAACUCAUGCACGUUUGCAUCAUAUUCGGUUUGUCUUAGAGUGGAUCUAGAUGCAAGAUUUCCCUCUUUUGAUCUUUUCAUCAAAUGAAAGGAGAUUUCAGGACGUCUCGAGUUGCUGAUGGCUGAAAAUCCAAGAAAUUAAAUGAUUUCAGUGAUUUAAAAGCAAUCUCUCCAGCAAAGGCAGGUACAAAUAUUUGUUUGGGAAAAGGUUAUUUAUGUAGCUGUAAAAUCUAAACAUUUAUCAUAUUGGAAUGAAAUAGUUCAGUCAUGCUGAACAGAUUAAGUGGUACUUAACCUGAUAUGCAUUAAAUUUAUUUUAUUGCCAGUUAAUAGAUAGUCAUACUCUGUUUUUGUUCUAUUCGAUCAGCUUUCUAACUUCUUUUUAUAACAGUAUUAAUAUUGAGUUGAUGAGGAGUGAACAGUGGAAUCUGUGAGAUCUCAGCAGUGGAGGAAGGACUUUGUUUUCUGUUUUAAGGUAUGAGGAGCUAAAACACUCAUAAAGAGAUAGACACGUCUGUCUGUUCUCACUACGGUCCUGUAAGAUUGAAUGAUUGUCUCAGGUUAAUUAGUUUUUGUUGAAACAGAUUGGAGAUGAUAUUUUUGUACGUGUGACUAAAAUCUGAUUGUUGUUUCUUGAUGGAGAGAUUGAGAUUACAUUGUGUUGAGUCCUGCAGAUGCACGACCUUAAAGAAAUAGUUGACCCAAAAAUGAACAUUUGCAGGGUGUGUUGGGUGACAAUUUUUGGAUGAACUCCCUUUAAAGCAUUAUUUCACUCUGUUUUUAUUUCUUUUGUGCAUAAAAGAGGUCCAUAUGGAUCAUGUGCCAUAUUUAAAAUCAUCUGAAGGUGUUCAGUCGCUUUUUUUUAUUUUUAUUUGUGUUCCAUGAAAUAAAAUCAUGGACCAUGAAUUAAAUUUCUACUAAA